AUGAGAAUGUCAAUUGCCCGGGCUGCCAAGGUAGAUUCCCAAAUGGUCGUAGCAGGGCCUACUAUAUUUCUUAUAAAUCGCCAGUGUGCUGGAGCUCCCAAGACCUUGACUCUAGUGAACAAUGUCUUGUAUGAGCUCUUAUUUGAAUUCCCCUUUAAGCAUGAGAAUGCAGAGAUCAAGGGCAACAUUUGUUCCAAGAAAGUGGUGACCAAAGGCGGACUCUUUUGUAAUAUCGUCAUCUCUGGUCGAGGUUAUGCCUGCAAUAAACAAUGUGAUUAUUACCUUCAUGAGGUGUGUAGUAAAUUUCCAAGGGAAAUUCAGCAUGAUUUUCAUCCUGGCUCUGACCACAAUCUUAUUCUCCGGCCCUUUAAAGCCACAAACCGAGAACAGUUUUAUUGUGCUGCUUGUGGACAUGAUGAUUCUGUUUAUUCUCUGUUCCAGUCAUACUAUGGCUGCGAGUCGUGCAAUUUCAAUCUUCAUGUUGAAUGCGCUUCUAUACCCAUAACCUUGGACCAAAAAGUGAAAUAUCCGCUUCAUCUGUUCCUUUCUUUCCCAAUAACCAGUGAGACAGCUACUCUCUUCUGCUCAAUUUGUACUGAAGUUGUUCCCACUUCUGGAUGCUGGCUAUUUUACAACCAUGAGCAUGAUUACCUCUGUCAUGUCAAUUGUGCUGCUGUAUCAGAAUACGGAAUAGAGAAUCAUUCCAUGGGUAAACUAAAAAACCGGCUGCAAACUCUGGCAACAACAAAUCGCCCUCCCACAACACUUACAGGUCACCCUCCCACACAUUUCUCUCACCGCCAUGCUCUCAAGGAAUAUAACUCGGACAAGUCCCUGUCAUGCAACUUGUGCCGCUCUGAAUACUCGACAGGGUACUUUUGCAGUGAUUGCAAUUACUUUAUUGAUAAGACUUGCUUCUCGGUUCCAUCUAUGAUUCAACAUAUGUCUCAUCCCCAACACCCUCUCAAGUUAACUUGCUACUUGGAUUAUCAAAAUGAGAAUGUUAAUUGCCCGGGCUGCCAGGCUAAAUUCAAAAGUGGUCGUAGCAGGGCCUACUAUUGUACUCCAUGCAAAUUCAUUAUGAGUCGUCAGUGUGCUGGAGCUCCAAAGACCUUGACGCUGGCAGACAAUAUCUCAUACGAGCUCUUCUUUGAAUUCCCCUUUAAGCAUGAGAAUGCAGAGGUCAAGUGCAACAUUUGUUCCAAUAAAGUGGUGAUCAAAGAUGGCCUGUUGUACUAUAAUCUAGAGCGUGAUGAAACUUUGCAUGUUUCUUGUGCCCUCACAAAAGAAUCCAAAAAGAAAAUGACCAGUUCAAUUCCACGGUUAAAUGAAGUGAGGAUAACUGAGUAA